GUAUCCGGAAAUUAGGGUUACAGAGCCAAGCUUAACAUAAAAGCCGCCUCCUCUUCAUUCCUACGCUCGACCUCUCGCAAGCCAGUCGAAGACCUAGAGAAGUGAAAGGCAGAGAUGGCGACGGUUCCGGGUCCAUUGAUAUGGGAGAUGGUGAAGAAAAACAACUCGUUUCUGGUGAAGCAAUUCGGAAGAGGCAGUGCUGGUGUUCAGUUCAGCAAGGAGAGUAACAAUCUCUACAACCUGAACUCCUACAAGCACUCUGGACUGGCAAACCUGAAGACUGUGACUAUCCAACCCGAGGGCAAAGAUGCGUCGGUGUUGCUUGCUACAACCAAGACUAAGAAACAGAACAAGCCAUCUUCUGCUCUCAACAAAUCUGUCAUGAAGAAGGAAUUCCAUAGGAUGGCGAAAGCUGUCACUAACCAGGUGGCCGAUAACCACUACAGACCAGACCUUAAGAAAGCAGCCCUUGCAAGGCUGAGCGUUGUUCACAGGAGCAUCAAGAUUGCCAAAUCCGGUGCCAAAAAGAGAACCCGACAGGCUUCUUCCAUGAAGUGAUUUGUUUUGCAUCGUCUUUUUCUUGCCCUUGUUUCUCGUUUUACCGAAGACUACAGAGGUUUUCCGGAUUCGUUUCUCUUCACAGAUAUUUUGGUUUUGUCAAGGAAUUUAGAAAAUGGAGCGAGAUUUUUCUUAUUUUAAUGCAAAUUGAUAUAAUCAAUGUCAUUGUUUCC